ACCACCCUCCACACUUCUACCUACUAUCUAUCUUCCGCUCACACUACAAACUACAAACUACUUCCACCUAACUUCAACAUUCGCCUUUGUUCUUUUGUCAUCUCCCAUCCCUCCCUUUCAGUAACAAACAUAUCUACAAACAUCAAUAUGUUGACCCGACGUUUCGCCCGAGCAGCAGUGGUAGCUCCACGCUCCUUGAGAGCGUUUAGCUCCACUGCCGCUAGCCAGCGAGCACCCAUCCUAGCCGACAUUACACCUGAAGGUGUCGACUCGUUCAAUUCAAGGCAGAAGGACUUCCGCGAGCAGUUGGUGAAAGCACAGCAGGAGAGAGAAGCAAGUAGGUUCACUACAACUUCUUCUAAUUCUAUUAACAAUUCUUUGGCCGGUGCCCGUGAAACCACCCAGGGCUUGGGCUCAUUAAGCACGCACACAGGACAACGAGCGGAGGUAGCAAACAAGGAACCCGACCGACCCGAGGGUCUUCUUAACAGAGUCAUCUACGGAACCAAGGAAGGUCGCGAGCUGGAUGCUCAACUCGAAGCGAGCUUCUCCGCCGUCCUAGCUCGUGGCAAGUAUGUUCACUCAAUCGUCUUUCACCAGGUACAGCCCGAUAAAGUAGAUGAAUACGUCGAGUUAGUCGGCAACUGGUAUCCGCGCAUGGCCUCUAUAGAAGAGAAUAAGGUUCAUCUUGUUGGAAGCUGGCGAACUGAAGUAGGAGAUUGUGACACAUUCGUUCAUAUUUGGGAAUACCAACGCUACCAAGGAUACCACCAAUCACUACAUUCCAUCUCCAGACACCCCGAUUUCCCCGAAUUUGACAAGAAGCUUAAGACGCUAGUCAAAUCGAAGAACACAUCCAUCAUGCAAGAAUUCUCGUUCUGGCCAACCACCUCACCACGCCAACUAGGCGGCCUUUUCGAACUGCGUUCGUACACCCUUCACCCUGGUAACCUGCUCGAGUGGGAGACCCACUGGCGACGAGGUUUGAAGGCACGGAGAGAAGUUAUGGAAGGCGUCGGAGCUUGGUUCGUGCAGAUUGGUGACCUUAACACCGUCCACCACCUUUGGCAAUUUGCCAAUCUGGAGGAACGAAAGGUUCGAAGAGAAGAAAGCUGGAAACAGGAGGGUUGGGCCGAGACGGUGCACAAGACCGUUCCCCUGAUCCAGACCAUGAAGUCGAGGAUCCUCAUCCCGAUGCCGUGGUCGCCUGUGGCUUAAAUCUCUUGUACAGAUGGGGUAAGAAAGGGCAAAUACGCGUAGUGGAUGAUUUCUGAACCUAACAAAGCAUUGAAAUGGAGUUUGGAGGGCACCAAGGCAGUUAUCUCUUUUACAACUGUGAUGCAGGGAUGGUAUGUAGGAAUUUGCAAAGGUACCUAGGUAUUGUACGCUUAUUACCGCUGAGAUCGGAAGUCGUUUCACGAAAACUCGGGUUGGAAAA